ACCAAUUACCAAUACUACUAUUGCAAAAAGAAAAAAUGUUUUGUUACUUGGUAGUGGUUUUGUUUCUAGACCUUUAGUAGAUUACUUGGCAAAACAAAAAGACUUAAAAUUAAUUAUUGAUGUUGUUGAUUUAGAUGUUAUGAAUCAAGAAAAUUUAAGUAAAAUAGUUCAAGGAGCCAAACAGGCUGGAAUAACUAUCCUUAAUGAAAUAGGUGUUGAUCCAGGAAUUGAUCAUCUAUCGGCAAUGAAAAUUAUUGAUGAUGUAAAAGCAAAGG